CAACCGCAACAGACUCUGGCCACAAGAGGAGCACGGGCCACAUGCCAGCGAUGCCGACACCAAGAUUCAAGGGUAGCGGCCAUCUCUUGAGGCUACCAUCAGCCUCCCCCCUACAUUUAUUUUCUCGCACACGUUCGCAGGAUGACAAGACAGCAGAUAACCGGGCAUGCUCAUCCACAAGCGCACAUCAUCGAUUGACGGCGAGGGACUCGAGCGGCAUCUCCGAUGCAGCUGCAGAGAAGAAGAAGAGGGUCGUGGGCCGGUUGAGAACUACCCGAGCGUUCGAUGACUUCUUCGAGGCCGCAGCGGGAAAGAUAUUGGGCGAUGGAGAUGAAGCAGAAGGGGACGCCUUGGACCAGCUUCUGGAGGCGGUGGACGACGCUGGUAACUAUCAGAUAUGAUUUAGUAAUCUUUGGGCCUACCAGGAAGCGAGAGAAGGACCAAGGCGAGAAUGACAUGUAC